AUGCCGCAUCAAAAUGAAGUCAUUCAGGUACAGAAUCGUUCGAAACUCUGUAUAACUUCAAAAGGUGACGGUCCAAUGCUGGUCGGAGACAAGUCUAAAGUCGUGUACAAUAUCACUGAAAAUUGCUCCGAGGCUAUUGAAGACUUAAAUCGAGAGAUACGUGAAGUAGUGCAUCAAAGCGAAUCUCAGUUGAGGAAGGCAAUAGCGGAGGCUGAGGAGAGCAUAGUUGAAAAAAUAUCACAGCAAAUGGAAGUUCCAGAUCGUGGUAAAUCUACUCAUGCGUGUGACCAAGGAAAGAAUUUCGACCAUAAUUACCAGGAUUGGUUAAAAGAAAAAGAAAAAACAAUGCAGGAUUUAUAUGAUGGAUAUGAACAGAGAAUGAAACAACACGAGGAAAUGAUAAUGUCAUCUAUCAAAAAAAGGGAAAAUAUUGAUCAGACGGAGCAACGAAACAUUAUCAGUCAAACAGAGAACUGGGUACAGGAACAACGAAGUACAUUUCAGUUCGUAACGACGAAGGCCUUUGACUGUGCCAAAGAGAAAAUCAAAGAGAAAAGGUUUGUGGUUAUAAGGGGAGACUCCGGGUCAGGAAAAACACGUUUAGCUACUGAACUUUUAGAUUGGCUUCAUUCUCCAGCGCAAAUACACGCAUUUAACUGCAAGAAACCCUUACGCCUCCCAAGCCUUCAGCGCUGGGAUAAGGUCAUUUCAGCUAAUGCAAAUCUUUCCAUUUUAUUGGAUGACCUGUUAGGUUAUAGUUCUGAGGUAUCACAAGAUUUGACAUGGUGGAAACAGCAUGGCGAAAUGCUCAAUUCAAUCGUAGUCGGGAAGGAAUCAGCAAAUCAUUUGAUCAUUACAUUAAGAAAUGACAUAUAUAACGAGUACAAAUCUAAGUUCGAUUGUCUCUCACUGUUUGAUGAUGGGCAUGUCAUUGAUCUCAGCUCGCCUGAAUACAUUUUACGGGAGGAAAGGGAAACCCUUCUCACGACAUAUACACAGACGAUAGAUAAUUUCAAACCAUUUUCAGAAAUUGAGAUCAAUCAAAUCACUGCCGUUUCUCCACCGAUCGGAUUUCCUGAAUGUUGCCGUAUAUUCAGAAAAACGCCAGAUUUGCAUCCAGAAAGAGUUGAGUAUUUUAGAAAACCAUUGCAAAGUAUUAGAUCAGUUAUCACGGAAAAGUUUAACAGAGCAAAACAAACAGCGCUGAUAUACAUUUUGUUAUCUCGAGAACCUGUCUCAACAAAUUUGCUGGAUUUUGAAAGUGUAUGUUUCGACAAAGAAGGGAUAACACGUGCGUUCAAUGUCUCUUCUCAUGUCUUUCCUGAUUCAAAGCAUAUAACCGCAGACAUUGCAACACAACUACCGUGUCUACAGGAAGGCCUUGAUGUUUUAUGUGAUUCAUUUGUGCGUAAAGAGAAAGGUAUCUAUAAAUUCUUCCAUGACUCGAUACAAGACGUUAUUGCUAUCCUCUAUGGGAAGAAAACACCAAGAGGUUUCCUUGAUAACUGCCCAAGUAGUUGUUUGCAUUAUGUAGCAACAAGUGAAUGUAAAGAUAUACUACAUAAGGUAGUGAUAGAGAUGGACAAUUAUAAAAUCGCUUACAAACGUAUAGUGCGAGAACUUGAAUCAAAGCAGCACUCAAGUUACAUUGCGGUAUCUUCGAUGUCAUCAUGGAAUAACGAAGAAUUUCUCAUUGGAUUUUUCAAUUGGCUCAAAUCAGAGAAGUAUUCCGCAGAAGACUAUUUUAUUAGAUUGGAAACAGGAGAACCAUUAAUGUAUUCGGAUAACAGAUUGAUUCCUUUCAUGGAUAUUGCGAAAAAGAGGGGAUACGCUCCAAGUUGCUUUCUGAUCUACGCUGCUAAAAUGAAUUCGAUUAACCUGAUUAGCCAUUUCACUAAACGUUUAGAUAGACUAGACUUAACAAACCAUAUGAAGUAUGCAUUAGACGUAGCACUCUCAGAAGGAAGCUUUGAGUGCUCGACCUAUCUCCUUCACAAAAACAUUGAACCUGAUGGUACGUCAUGCUUCUGUGCAGCACUUGGUGGAAACAUUGAAAUAAUGAAGAUAUUAGAUAAAUUACUAAAAAAACUCACAGACAGCGAAAAAUGGGAUAUUUUAUGUGCGGCAUGCGUUGUUGGACAGCACGAGAUGUGUGGCCAUCUUUUAGAGAUAUUCCCGGACCUGUUGUCACACAGGGACAAAAACAACAAUGACCAUUUGUUACACAUAAUUGCAAAACAGAGUCUAUAG